AUGGUUUCAUUAUUCAGAAGAGGUAAGGCUCCACUCACGAAAGAAGGGCCCACGUCUAAGAAGCCUCCAAACACAGCGUUUAGACAACAAAGGCUUAAGGCAUGGCAACCAAUACUGUCACCUCAAAGCGUGCUUCCAUUAUUAAUAUUUGUUGCAUGUAUCUUUACUCCUAUUGGCAUUGGACUCAUUGUGGGCGCUACUAAGGUACAAGAUCUAACAAUUGAUUACAGUCAUUGUGAUACAAAAGCCUCCACAACUGCUUUUGCAGAUAUACCAAAGAAGUAUAUUAAAUAUCACUUCAAAAGUAAAGUUGAAAAUAAACCACAAUGGAAGCUAACCAAAGACGAAAGUGGUGAACAAUCAUGCGAGCUCCAGUUCGAAAUCCCAAACGAUAUUAAUAAAUCCGUUUUUAUAUAUUAUAAAUUGACCAAUUUCUAUCAGAAUCAUCGUAGGUAUGUCCAAUCGUUUGACACAAAGCAAAUAUUAGGGGAAUCUAUCAAGUUAGAUGACUUGGAUACAAGUUGUAGUCCCAUAAGAAGUAGAGACGACAAAAUAAUAUAUCCUUGUGGGUUGAUCGCCAAUUCUAUGUUCAAUGACACAUUUUCUCAAGUUUUGAGUGGUAUUGACGGCACAGGUGACUAUAAUUUAACUAACAAGCAUAUAUCGUGGAGCAUAGAUCGUCACAGAUUUAAAGCUACCAAGUAUAAUGUUAGCGAUAUUGUCCCACCACCAAACUGGAUGAAGAAGUAUCCCGAUGGAUAUACUGAUGAAAAUCUUCCAGAUAUCCAUACUUGGGAAGAGUUUCAGGUAUGGAUGAGGACUGCAGCCUUUCCCAAGUUUUACAAGCUAGCGUUGAAAAAUGAAUCUGCUCCUUUGCCGAAGGGUAAAUAUCAAAUGAAUAUUGAGUUGAAUUAUCCCAUUUCACUCUUUGGUGGCACAAAAUCAUUUGUAUUAACUACAAAUGGAGCUAUUGGUGGUAGAAAUAUGUCACUUGGUGUAUUAUACCUCAUCGUCGCGGGACUUUGCGCUUUAUUCGGCAUCGUAUUUUUGGUUAAAUUAAUUUUUCAACCAAGAGCGAUGGGUGAUCAUACUUAUUUGAACUUUCAUGAUGAUGAAAAUGAGGAUUAUGAGAACAUACACGCAGAAAAUACAACAUUGAGAGAGAUUUUAUAA